GUAAAUUGGGUUACACAGAAGUGGGUUGUACUUCUAUCACAGGUAAAUUGGGUUACACAGAAGUGGGUUGCACUUCUACCACAGGAGUUUCCUACGAUAGCUUUCCAUGCGUCGAUGAAUCAUCCAUUCGGAAAGGGAGCUUUGAUCAACCUACUGCGUCAGUUGGGGAAGCUUCAUCAGUCCUCGAAACAGAUAUCUGUUGGGUUUAUAGGAUAUCCUAACACAGGGAAAUCCAGCGUUAUCAAUGCGCUCAGGAAUAAGAAAGUAUGUAAGACAGCUCCUAUUGCUGGUGAGACUAAAGUAUGGCAGUAUAUAACUCUCAUGAGGAAAAUAUACCUAAUAGAUUGUCCUGGUAUUGUUCCUGCUACUGGAGGAGAAACUGAUGAAGAGAAGGUUCUGCGAGGUGUCGUACGUGUUGAACUGGUGGAAACUCCAGAUGAUUAUAUUCCAACUGUACUAGAAAGGGUCAAAACGAAAUACAUCGAGAGAACUUACAGGUUAAAAGAUUGGACCAGUCCUACCGAUUUCCUGGAGAAAUUAUCAAAAAGAACUGGAAAAUUACUGAAGGGAGGAGUCAAGAAAUGGAAGAAGAUGUAAAUGAGGAUGAGGAGUAUGAGUCGGAUAAUGAUACUACAUACACUAACGAUACCGCCGCUACGGAUGACACAACUAAGACAACAGACUCUUUGUACGAAAAUAUCAAAUUUGCAGACAUUGAUAAGAAGAACGAGGAAGGAGAAGAGAUAUUCCCAAAACCUCCAAAGAUUCCGACCAACUUGCAGGAUCUAGUUAAGCAGGAUUUGAGGAAAAUUGUCCACUCUGUUGAAUACUUUGAUGAAGAGAAGUACGAGGGUGGCCGUAAGAAGAAACUGAAGAAAAAGAAGACAACAGAAUCUUCCGAAUCUGUUCCACUAACGACAGAGGAACAGAAACCCAAAUCUGAUGAUUCUGAAACAACUUCUUCGGAGAAGUCCGCGGAGGCAACGUCUCCAGCUAAAUCGUCGGUAACGAAGAAAGCUGGAGAAAAAAGAAAGAGAUUGUCCGACGUAGAAAGAAUUUCUCCUGGGAAGAAAGCCCCGGCUAAAAUUGACAACUCCGGAAAGAAAAAGAGGAAAGCAGAAGAAACUGAAAGAACCACUCCUGGGAAGAAGAUCAAAACAAAAAGUGGUGUCUUUAAAGUUUCGAAUAAAAGCUAAAUUUUUUGUUCUAAUUUCCCCGCUUUCAUGUUUAUUCUUUCAGA